AUGCAGAGCCUGACCCCACAAACUCCCGAUUCAACCGUCCUCACUCGUUUAUCCUUAGCCAAAUUCUCCCAUACAACUACAUCGCUUACUCACAGGGGCCCUCUCAACUGGAGCCAUAUAAUGGGAAACGGAGAUUUGACCGCUAUAUUCGAAAAGCGUACAAUGACAAGCUUCACCCCAGACAGAGUACUAUUGAAGGUCCUUCGUGUCCAUGAUAGCCUGGUUCGCCGAUUCCAGAUCAAGUUCACCUUUGACCCCGACUACUACACCGCGUUGUCUAUACUUGGGGAAAUAGGGUGUCCAGUGUCAGAGCCUAGCGUCGGGUACAUGCGCAAACUGACCUCAUCACAGUGGAGCUUGGGAUCGAUCGAAGGGAAAUCUAUGGUCAGAGAACCUCCAUAUGUGUUGAGUAGUAUGUCAGGUCCAUCUGAGCCCGUGGGUGCUUCUACUCUCCAACGGCCAUCAACCACCAGUGCAUCAGGCAACUCAUUGCCAUCUACGUCCUGGAGCGCUGCUCAAACAAGUGAUACCACCUGUGCUCGAGGGAGCAAAAAUGAAAAUGCUUUGUCAAUAGCACAGACACAUCUCCAACACGCCCCAGCAGUCGACCGGAAGGACGUGAGGAACUCUGACAAAUUGACCACGAGACCGUUCACCUCGUCAGCUGCUGAACGUCUUCUCGAACCAGAGAUAGACAUACCACCACGGAGAAUUCUUCCAUGGUCGAGUACCUCCAAGAGAGCCAAUAUCACACCAAAAGCACCACCCGCUUUCCCACACGCAGCAGUAACAGAUGCUACCUCGUCCAACAUAGGUACGGGAGUUAGAUUCCAAAUGAGAUUGCAAACACAAACACGACCAGCCACAUCAUGCGAAAGAAUUACCAUGCCCCGACUACGACUACUCCCACCAGCCCUACCCAAAGUCAAUAAUGAUAGACAAAUGCCUCACCCAGAGUCGGGAUCACAUAUACCAUCUCGCACAGGAUCAUAUAACCAGCCUAAGUGCCUACAAACAGCAUUUGUUUCAUCUUGUCCAUCUACCAGCAGCAAUUUACAAGCAGACAGAGCUGAAGCGAACAAAUUCCCGGCAGGACAUCAAGGGGAGGCUCAUCAAGAGAAGAACUCAGCUGACCGGAUAGCAGCAGAUCUAUCCUCGUAUAUAUCCGCUCCCACGGAAGAGCGUAUGGCUAGUUUAGAAACGUGGAUAUGCAAGCAGAUUGAAGACGAUGGGUUCCUCGAGCUUUGUAGGGAUGUAGAAGGAAUUGAAAUUGAUGGAUUAUCUAUACAGGGCCACGAAAAGAAGAAAAUAAUUGCGCUAGUCACAGAAAAACAAUCAUUAAUAUGGUAG